UCAUGGCCUUGGACCUUGGUCAUACUCUUGACAUCAUUCCCGGCUCCGACGCAAGGCGACGGCAGUUGCAAAGAGAUGCUUAAGCUCUGCUUUGCAACAAUUGGAGAUGUGAAGGCAGAAGUUGGGAAAGAGAAGGACCGUCCCCAGAUGUUGAAAUGUUGUGAUUAUCUAAUAAGGCCCAAAGGACGAUGUAUCUGUGGAUAUCUUAGAGACAAAAAGAGUUUUUCUGAGAUUCACACUCUUGCGUGGCAUUGUUGGAAAACACCUGCACCUCAACUUUCAGAUGCUAGGGAUUAUUACAAGUGUCCCUAA